AUGUCUCUCCCAUCCACCAUGAAGGCCAUCCUCACCGAACAGACCGGUGGCCCUGAAGUCCUCCAGUUUAAAUCCGACCACCCCGUCCCCGUCCCCCAAGAAGGCCAAUUGCUCGUCAAGAACAACAUCUCCGGCAUCAACUACAUCGACACCUACUUCCGCACUGGUCUCUACCCCGCUCCUAAACCCGAAGUCCUGGGCCGUGAAGGUGCCGGUACUGUUGUCGCCUUGGGACCCGGUCCCAACACAUACAACUUCAAGGUUGGUGACCGUGUUGCUUGGUUAGGCACAAGUGGAUAUGCCGAGUACACGGCUGCCCCUGCAAGCAAGACGAUCAAGAUCCCCGACGGUAUCACCGAUGAGGAUGCCAUCGCUGCGUUCCUGAGUGGAAUGACUGUCUUGUCGUUAGCCAAGGAGACGUAUACUGUUCAAAAGGGCGACUGGGUCCUCCUGCAUGCUGCUGCUGGUGGCGCGGGUAUCCUUAUGACUCAGGUCCUCAAGUCCAUCGGGGCCAAGGUUAUUGGUACUGCGGGUGGUCCGGAGAAGGUCGCUCUGGCGAAGAGCCUGGGUGCAGAUGUCGUUAUCGACUACCGCAGUGAGGAAGGAAAAGACUGGGUGAAGAAGGUCAAGGAAGCCACUGGUGGACAGGGUGUUGAUGUCGUCUACGACUCAGUUGGAAAGGAUACCUGGGAGGGAAGUCUGGAGGCCGUCAAGAGAAAGGGUACUAUCGUCUGGUUUGGUAAUGCCAGUGGCCCUGUGCCUCCAUUGCCUCUUCCAAAACUCUCACCCAAGUGUGUUAAGGUCGCCCGUCCCGCGCUCUUCGGAUACAUUGAAACUCGUGAAGAGUUCGAAUUCUACGUCAACGAGCUGUUCAGUCUUCUCAAGUCCGGUAACCUCAAGGUCAAGGUCCACAACGUUUAUCCUUUGGAGGAGGUUGCUCAGGCUCACAAGGAUCUCGAGGGAAGAAAGACCACCGGAAAGCUUCUUCUCAAGGCUUAA